UAUCCGUGUUCUCCACAGAUGCUGCCUGACCCGCUGAGUUACUCCAGCACUCUGUGAAACGUCACCUAUCCGUGUUCUCCACAGAUGCUGCCUGACCCGCUGAGUUACCCCAUUCUUGCUCUGGGCCGCUGUGGAUCACCUCAGCCCCGCUGAGGAGACCCUAGGAACUAAAAUGCUGUGUCCAUCAUUUUAGUGAACCUCCUUUGCACCCUCCCCAACCCAACUCAACCCACCUCAAUCCAACCCAUCUGAACUCAACCCAACCUAACCUAACUCAACAAUCCCAACCCAACUCAACCAAGCUAGGCAGGGCAGGCAGGGAGUGGCGAAGGGAUAUGAUGAACCUUGGCGACCCUCGGACUAUCUUUGAUCGGACUUUACUGGCUUUACCUUGCACUAAACGUUAUUUCCUUAUCAUGUAUCUGUACACUGUAAAUGGAUCGAUUGUAAUCAAGUAUUGUCUUUCUGCUGACUGGUUAGCACGCAACUUUUAGAAACAUAGAAAAUAGGUGUAGGAGUUGGCCAUUUGGCUCUUCGAGCCAGCACCGACAUUCAAUAUUAUCAUGGCUGAUUAUCUAAAAUCAGUACCCGUUCCUGCUUUCUCCCCAUAUCCCUUGAUUCCAUAUACGUGAGGAAACAAACAUACCUCCCCCAGCCCCGCAUGAUCUUGUACACCUCAAUAAGGUCACCCAGAGCUCUGCCUCCAGUGCUCCAAAUGAAAAAGUCCCAGCCUAUCCAACCCCUGUAUCUGUAACUAUUGCAAAACACUUUCACUCCCCCUCCCGUUCCCACACGGACCUUUCUGUCCUGGCCCUCCUCCAGUGUCAAAGUGAGGCCCAACAAAAAUUGGAGGAACAGCGCCUCAUAUUUCCCUUGGGUAGCUUACACCCUAGCGGUAUGAACAUUGACUUCUCUAACUUCAAAUACCCUUGCUUUCCCCCUCUCUCCAUCCCUUCCCCUUCCCAGUUCUCCCACCAGUCUGACUAUUAUCCUGAUUAAAAUGUUACCUCGUUGUCAUCUUCAUCUAGCUAUCAAUGAUCUAUUGUACAUUUUCCUUGUCUUCGACUCCUUCGAUGUCUCUUUAAGAUAGAUAGAUCCUUGAUUAGUACGUAACUCCAAGCUUGGCCUCACCCACAUCUUGUAGAUUCAAACUUAAUUGAUGUUGGACAUUUAUCCCGCUGUCCAAACGCAUUAAACUUUGUUUAGCGCUUUAGAAUUAUUAAGUAACUGCUGUAAUCGGCAUGUUAAACAUUACACAACAUGACAGAGCAAUGAUAGAUUGUAGCCCCUGUGUGAGUCUCCCCGAGUCAGACCGUUGCUGCUCCAGCCUGCACCAUGGCGUUUGGAGACUUGCUGGAGAUAGUUGGUGGCUUGGGGAGGUACCAGAUGAUCCAUGUCUUGCUUCUGUCCUUCCCUCUGCUCUUCAUAUCCAGCAACAAUGUGCUGCAGAACUUUGUUGCAGCCGUCCCUGACCACCGCUGCCGUCUGGGUCUGGGCCACAAACUCAACGUGACGUGGGAGCCUCUGGUCGGGGACCUUGUGACCCUCUUUGUGCCUGUCGACCAGCAGGGGCAAGCGGACAAGUGCCGUCUCUACGCUGAACCACAGUGGCACCUCCUGUGGCCCAACGGUACGCGGGGUAACGGGAGCGGGGCGGAGACACAGCCGUGUACCGACGGGUGGGAGUACGACCGCUCCCAGUUCAGUACCACCAUCGUGACCGAGGUAGGGACGCUCGUGUCCGUCUAGACACCAUCUGUGCCCCAUCGUGUCCGUCUAGAGGCCGUCUGUGCCCCGUCGUGUCCGUCUAGACACCAUCUGUGCCCCGUCGUGUCCGUCUAGAGACCGUCUGUGCCCCGUCAUGUCCGUCUAGACACCGUCUGUGCACCGUCGUGUCCGUCUAGAUGCCGUCUGUGC